AUGGCGCGGCACUUCGUGCUCAACACCGGCGCCAAGAUCCCCUCCGUGGGGCUCGGCACCUGGCAGUCUGACCCCGGCGUCGUUGGCAACGCCGUCUACGCCGCCGUCAAGGCGGGUUACCGACACAUCGAUUGUGCCAGAGUUUACGGCAAUGAAAAGGAGAUUGGUGUGGCGCUGAAGAAGCUAUUUGAAGAGGGUGUAGUGAAGCGAGAAGAUCUGUUUAUCACCUCUAAGCUAUGGAAUGAUCAUCAUGCUCCUGAAGAUGUGCCUGAGUCACUAAAUGAAACCCUGAAUGAUUUGCAGCUUGAGUACUUGGAUCUUUAUCUUAUCCAUUGGCCAUUUAGAGUCAAGAAGGGAACAAACCACAGUCCAGAAAAUUUUGUUACACCUGACAUCCCUGCUACUUGGGGGGCAAUGGAGAAGUUAUAUGAUGCUGGCAAAGCUCGUGCUAUUGGUGUGAGUAACUUCUCCUCAAAGAAAUUGGGUGACUUGCUUGCUGUGGCUCGUGUACCUCCUGCUGUUGAUCAGGUGGAAUGUCAUCCUGUUUGGCAGCAAACUAAGCUCCAUAGCUUUUGUCAGUCAACUGGUGUUCAUCUUACUGCUUACUCACCACUAGGUUCACCUGGUACAACUUGGAUGAAUAGUAAUGUCCUUAAAGAACCAAUAAUCAUCUCAAUAGCUGAGAAACUUGGGAAAACUCCAGCACAAGUGGCUCUGCGCUGGAACAUUCAGAUGGGUCAUAGUGUACUUCCAAAGAGCACGAACGAAGAAAGGAUAAAGCAAAACCUUGAUGUUUAUGAUUGGUCAAUUCCAGAGGACUUGCUUGCAAAGUUCUCUGAGAUUAAGCAGGCUAGGCUACUUAGAGGCAACUUCCUUGUUAAUCCAGUGAGCGUUUACAAGACCCAUGAGGAACUCUGGGAUGUUCCCGUCGCGUUGCGCCGUUGCCAAAACCGUAUCCUUUCCUCGGUAUCCAGCACGACUCUCUCACCAGGCGACCACCAUACCGUCGCUCUCGACCAGACCGAGACAGCGACGGAAGAGGAGAGCGGCGAGCGGGCCGGCAGAGAGAAGUGGAGGAAGAAGAUGGCCACCUAUUUCAUGCUCAACACCGGGGCUCGCAUCCCCUCGGUAGGGCUCGGCACCUACAAGGCCGGCCCCGGCGUCGUCGCCGACGCGAUCACCGCCGCCGUCAAGGUCUUCGCCUCUCCCUCCUCGAGCACUCUUUGUUCCGAAUGUGCUGUUCAGUUUGUUUUGCUCACAAGCCGGGUACCGGCACAUCGACUGCGCGCCGCUAUACAAGAACGAGAAGGAGAUUCAUUGGCCCUUUCAGAUAAAGAAAGGCAGCGAAGCUCAGAGCGUUCUGCCGCUCCAAUGGAGUUCGUUUCUCUAAAGAUUGGGGAAAACGCCGGCACAGAUUGCUCUGCGAUGGGGUAUCCAGCAGGGUCAGAGCGUGCUGAGUCAAGGUUGAAGGAGAACAUUGAUAUCUUCGGUUGGUCCAUUCCUGAAGAGUUGUGUGCCAAGUUUUUUGAAAUUGAACAGGUUAAGCAAAUCAGAAAUGAUGCAUUUGUGCACCCUCAGAGUAUUUACAAAACAAUUGACGAACUCUGGGAUGGUGAGAUCUAA